GUACAUUUUGAGAUAUCAGAAAUCAGUAGUGCUUAAGGUGGCAGGAAGGCGAAGCAAUAAGGCAACUGUGUAUUGGGAUUGCGGCGAGCAUAUUUGCAAUCCAUCCGCCUUCCCGUGACUUUUGUGAGCUUGAGCGGUUUCCGAUUCCCCGAUUUCCGCAUUGUCGAUUGUCGAUUUGCAUUACUUUGCUCCCGAAGAACACACACAUCACGCCCACGCAACAAACAGACAAGCAAGCGCAACUCGGUCCAUUAGGUACCGACCCGUUCAUUGCCUUUUUUUCUUCGAAUCACCAGAAAAAGAAACGCGCACCAGUCACGAGCUUUGGCAGCCUUGUUAUUUUUAUUUUUAAUUCGCCAUCGCCCAAAGGCCUUGUUUUUAUAUAGUUUCGCUCUAGAUAUUUCAGAGAGGAAGCAAGAGCCCAAAGUAAUCAAUGCCGAAGAAGAGACACCAAAAACAGUAUUCCAAGCCGCAGUCCACAGCACCAGCGUCACUCAGCAGCAGUACGGCUGCUAGCAGGCACAACAGCCACCAUGACGACCAACAACAGAACCGUUCCGUCAAUGAGCUGCUCGCCGACUUGCGUCGGGCGGGGCUGAGGGACGGUGGCUCAUCGCAAAUCCGUCCAGCAGAGGCGUUUGUUCAGCCGACUGUUCCGCCAGCAAUACGGCAGAUCCUUCAGCUGCCGGAGACGCCGGCGCCGCCACCAAGGCGUCCGGUGCGGGUUGAUGCCACAGGUAGGAGACUGCCUCCGGGACCGGCGCCCCCGCGGAGCUGGGUAUCCAGGCCUGCGGGGAGUGGUCUGUAUAGUGACCCUCGGACGUUGAUUGAGUUUGGUGGGGCGCAGAAUUAUGCUCAAAGACCGCUGCCGGGUAUGAUCUUGCCUGCAAAGGGGAGUUUGAUGGAUCUCGUGCUGAAGGGGUUUGCGAGGACGUGGGAUUGGCAGGUGGAAUAUUGCCGGUAUAUUCUCUAUGAGCUACCAACACGCGUGAGAGGGGCGUUGCUGGCGUAUAUUGGGUUGUAUAGUGAGAAAGGCCUGACGCUGCAGGACAUGAGAGCCAUCCUGCUCCCCCCUCCUCCUGUGGUGUACGAGGACGACGAGGACAGUCACUAUGAACAGGAACGACAAGGAGAGUUCCUCCCCCCAGGCGUCGUGAACGACGACUUUUCCUGUCUCGACCUGUCCUGGUCGCUGGGGCGGUCACUCAAGAUCCGCGAGCUGUCGGAUUUCUUAUACCCACCCCAAGCGGCAGCUGUUGUAUCAACGGCUGAUCCCAAAGACUCAUGGGACGCACCUGAUGACGAACCAACGCUCGAGCCGUCAAUACCGGCCGCCCUGCUGCCCAACUUGACACGCUUGUCGCUGGCCCUCGAUCCGGAACAUGCCCAUAAUGUCUCCUGGCGGCACUUGCUUUCUUUUGCUACCCAUAUGCCGAACUUGACGCACUUGAGUCUGGCGUUUUGGCCGGAGCCAUCACUUACCCCCAACGCAAAAUUGGCUACUAUGGUCACUGCACAGGGGCAGGUGGUCCAAUAUGGAGCCACGGGACCGUACAGUCACAGUUUGGACAACGACUGGACAGAGGCGAUCAUGGUGUUGAACCGGUUAAGCAAGAGUUUGUAUCGACUCGAGCAUCUGGACUUGACGGGUUGCGGACUAUGGGCUUCGGCGCUGUGGUCGAAGAGCGGACAUGAUAUGGUUGAUUGGGUGGGCGCUUGGGGGAAGGUGGAGAGGAUAGUGAUGUACGCAGGUUAUAAACUGGGGGAGGAGGCAGGGAGCAGUGAGAAGGCGAGGUAUGAGAUGGUGACGGAGAAUGCGAGGAGGGUGGAGAGGCAUGUGAGGGGACGGAGAGCAGAGAAGGGGAUGGGUAAGAGAGGAAUAGUGGUCGAGACUGAUGAAGAGGGAAAGGAGUAAUAUCUACCGGGGAGUAGGAAGAUAUUGAGGUAUAGAUUCGUCAGGGAUCUGGGGACAGGCACCAGCAAAUACCACUCUACGAUAUUGACAGCCUUUUAUUUAUUUAUUCGUAACCCUCAAAG